AAAGACAGCCACAGUACUCUCUAGGGCAUCCACCGUUAAACUUAAUAAAUGGAGGGUAACGAUUUCAUAUUGAGAAAACUUCGAUCAUGGUAGAUAUAGCUUAUAAUAUUGUUGCCCUAAUUUCUGUGACUUUCCUUGUGCCCUCAAAUGAAGUGGUUCGUCUGAGGUAGAAGUUGAAGGCUGGUUCUUGCAGUGCCCCCAAUCCGCAGGGAUGCCCUCUGAAAACAUUCUCUCUCUUCUUUGUAUGCAAUUCUUCUCCUUGAAAUCUCUCUCUCUGUACAGCGCCAUUACUCAGGUAACAUGCCAGAUCUCUCUCAACUAGAUAUAAGAAAUGAAUCUCCAUAAGAAACUCGCCCUCUUUCACUUCCUGAAAUUAUCCAAUAUCCAUAUCUCCACAUGCAUUGUAACCCUAAAUUCGUUUGCUCCAUUCUCUUCGAAUCUCACCAAACGAGAGACAGCAUUACCAUUCCCCCUUGCUGAUUACUUGAUCAAGAAGCAUGGGUUCUCUAAGGAUAGCAUCCUUCCAGUCUGUGCCCAACUAGGCCAUGUUAGAAGCCACAAGGAAGCUGAUGCUACAGUCUCUUACUUCAAGGAAUGUGGUUUCUCUCAGACCCAAAUAGAAGAAAUGCUAAAAAGAAGCCCAAGAGUCUUGAGAGCUAGUGUGGAUAAAACCCUAAAGCGCAAGCUAAAGAUAUUUCAGGAUUUGGGCCUCUCUGGCGCCAGAUUGACCAAUUUAAUCUCUAAUGAUCCAGGCAUUCUAUGGCGUGGCGAGGAACGAUUGUGCCAUUUGAUUGAGUUUCUCAAACUUGUUCUUGAAACCGACGAUAAUGUCUAUAGAGCAAUUAAGCAUUCUGGUUGGCUUCUAAAGACAGAUUUGAAGAAAACCCUGUUGCCUCUAACAAACUAUAUGCAGAGUUGUGGAAUCAGUCUCUCUCAGAUAGCAAAAUUGAUAAUGAAGUUUCCUCGAGUUCUAGUUUUGAACCCUGACUUGGUCAAGAGUGUUAUACAAAGGGUUGAUGAAUAUGGCUUUAGUCGAGAUGCAAGCCUGUAUGUUCAUGCUAUUGGGGUCAUGAGCUCUUUGACUAAAGAGAAAUGGGAGGAAAAGAUUAAGUUAUUUCAGAGUUUUGGGUGGACUGAGAAAGAUGUAAUUACUGCUUUCAAAAAGGCACCACAUGUACUGUUGGUUUCGGAAGAAAAGAUUCGAUGUGCUAUGGAGUUUUAUCUGAAUACUCUCAAAUUUGACGGCCCUUAUAUGAUUCUUCAUCCCAAAUUGCUUAUGUUCAGCUUUGAGGGGAGAGUGGUACCCAGGCAUAGAGUAGUGGAACAUCUAAAAAGCAAGCGACUUCUUCGUAAAUCUCCGAGCCUUUCAACUGUGUGUAAUCUGACAGAGAAGAGUUUUCUUAGUAAGUUUGUGUAUGAAUAUCCUGAUGACGUUGAAGAGCUCCUCAUAAUUUACAGGGGGUUCUGACCUUUGACAUUGUAGUCUUGUUUCAUUGUGAUAUAGAAGCUAUUUCUAUCUGUUGUGACUGAUUUUUGUUGCAGAGUUAUAGAUGUUUUUUCUUUCAGUAAUCUAUCAGGUAGAAUCCUUUCAGAUCUCUGUGAUUUUGGGGAUUGAAGAAGAGCGUAAGGGUCAUCCCUGGGAAAGAUGGGUAGCUUUGCAUGGUAUUAUGUUGGAUUUUCCCCCUCUGUGGGAUCCGGGUAUUGAAGUGUCGACUGUAUUGCAUUAAAGGAAAUCAAGUAUAAAAAUGUGCUUCUUCAAAGGAAGCUAUGUACAUUAAAAAUUGGCUCUCCCCUGAGGGGGACCCCUUUGUAUAACACCUCCAAGGGUGGGAGAAGACAAGAGAGGGGAUUCUAAAGAAUAAGAAGUGACUGAGUCUAAAAAAUCCACUCAAUCGCUAGCUGAGGUAGCACCAGCCUUGGCAAGGGCAUCUGUGUUUGUGUUACUCUCUCGCCAAAUGUGAUUCCAGAAGUGAGAGAGGGAGCUUGUCAGGUGGGAAAUUUCAGCAGGUACCAAGGGCAAGCAGUGGAGCCUGAUGCCCAGGUGAUAGUAUUCCGAGAGUCAUCUUUGAUUAUUAGUCCAGGGCUCCAGGAAGGGUUGAAUAGUUUGAGCCCUUCGAGGAGGGCAAGCGCCUCUGCUAAUUGGGCAUCAGCAUGGCCAAUGGGUUUCGAGAAAGAGGCCAGGAUAGAACCUUUGUGAUUUUGGAAGGAGCAGCCAUCAAAAUUCCGUUCAACUAGGCUACACUCAGGGGUCUCCAGAGUGAUGCACGAGAAGGUUGCUGAUGAUCGAGGUGGAGUAAGGCCUGCCAGUUCUGAUGGAAUGCCGAGGAUGAGAAGCCUUUGUAUAGAGGGUGAUUGGAGGCCCAGAAUAUGACCUGGGAUUUGAUGUUGUCAAAAGGGCUGUUGGGGAUGAGGAUGAUGUGAUUCUUCGUUUUCACUGAACAUGGGAUUCGGGCCUGCCCCUAGUUGCGGGUCUACAAGUUCCAAACCUCUAGCCUCUAUGAUAAAUGAAGUUUGACUGGGGCUAAGGCUGCAGUCAGGAAGAGGCAAUUUUUUAAGAUAAGUUCUAGACGAAGUGUAAAACUGUGUAUUUUCCCAAAAAUGGGUUACAAGAAUCUUGCUAAAUUUUCAAAAUUCUGAUUGGUGCAUCUAGUUUGUAGCGCCCUCAAAUGUCCUGUUGUUUUCUCCUGUUCACAAGUUUUGUGUGUUUCUGGAGGAUUGUUAUUCUAGAGGAUCUACCUUGGAAAAUUCGUUGAUUUCAUUCCAAGUUUUCAACUAAA